GACGCUUUUGAGGAUCUGCUGGACUACGCGUCGGGCGAGUUCGGCAACUUUCUGUCAGGCUCUCCGCUGCUUCUGGGAGACCUCGAGGCCGAGCCCGAGUCGCCCUUCGACGAGCCCAGUGUUGACGCGGAGGACGUCGACCCGUGCGAGGACGAGCCUGAGAGUCAGCCGAUGCCCUUCCAGCGAUGGAACAGGAUCUACUACCGCCCGAGGGCGGACUCCAACCAGGGCCUCACGAUGCUCCUGGUCAGCAAGUUCAGCGCCACGCUGGGCGAGAAGAGGUGGGUCUGCAUCGACCCGACGGGCAGGCUCCAGGUCCUCGACCUCGGCCAGCCGACGAAGGUGAAGUCGACGAAGUUCGUGGGCGUGAACCACGGCACCUUCCAGGGCCUUUCCGCAGCGGAGAAGCAGAAAGCAAUCGAGGCAGCUGACCGCAUCAUCGCCACAGGGUCCGCAGCUACGAUGGGAAAGAUCACCAGGGACCACCAUCCCCGAGGCGGAGGCGCUGUUGGUCGCAGAUCCCACCGCCGCCACGCAGUGUCGUGGCUCAUGAAGCUGUGCUCCAACCUCGUCGGCUACGUGUGGGCACGCCAGAGCUUAGGCACUGCUGCUGGUUCGACGUUCGUGCUGUGGCGGGCCGUCGUUUACCUCAACGUUAUGGAGUGGGUGAAGUGGGGCUACGCGUCGCUGAAGGAGACCGUGGACACGGUGGAUCAUUUCAAAGAGGAGAUCGAGAUGGUGCUCGAGAUGCACGAGUCAGGAGCCCUCGAGCCGCUCUACUUCUCAGUGGCGGUGAUGCUCGUGAGUGGCUUCUUCAUGUCCUGCUGCAGCGCGGACAACUACGACCAGAUGAUGGUGGAGCAGGACAGCAUGGCCGUGAUUGCCAGCGGGUCCGAGCCGCGGGUGGUCAGCGCCACGUCCAACCCCGAGAUCGACUCGCUGGUCAAGGGCCUGGACGACUCCUUCACGGACAUGCGCGAGGUCGCCAAGGAGAAGCUGCAGGCCUACUCCAGCGACGUGGCGUGGACGAUCCCAGGAGGCAUCAAGACGCGAGUGGCCCCAUCGAUGGUCGCUCGCCUGCACCGCAGUGGGGCGUCAGCGGUGGCGAGCAUCAGAGAGAUGAUUCGCACGAAGCAGCUGGACGGCAACUACAUGGCGGAGGAGGCUCUCCUCAUCAGCAUGAUGCUCGAUCGGUCCAUGGUGGAGGCGCCCGCGGACUGGAUCGACUACAAGACGACGGAGCUGGCGAUGCGGCGCCUCCACGGCAUCGAGAGGGCCUUCGAGAACGUCAAGCAGAGGUCGGACUGGAAGCCGCCCAACGGCUCCAAGGCCGGCUGGAAGUCCCGCGUCAAGUACGCCCUUCUGGAGGAGCUCGACACGUCCAAGUCGGAUCAGGAGGGCCUGCUCAUCGACGGCGUGGAGAGGGAGCUUCGCGAACGCUUGGCUCAUCGCGCCCUUCUCGCCAAGUCCCUCGACAAGCUGCAGGACAGGAAGCACGCGCCAAGCAAGGACGACU